UUUAGUAAAUGUGAUAACAUUUGGCUGGACAGGUUAUGUUAGCAACAAUUAAAAUUCAUAUAAUGUAAUUGGUUUUUGAGAAUGAAUGUAUACAUUCUAAUUUAUUUUAAAUCCUGUUUGUAAUAAUUUAAAUUCAUGUAAUGUAAUUUGCUGUUGUAUAUGAACAUGUUUCAGCACCCAUCUAAGGUAAGGUUAUUGUAGAAAUUUAUUCAAGGAGGGUAUUGACCAUGGUAAAAGGUGAAUGUCAUAAACAUUUGGCUGGGAUAGGUUAUGUUAGCGUCAAUUUAAAGUCAUGUAAUGUGAUUUUGCUGUUGUACCUGUAUGUUCAUGUUUUAGCAGGUUUCUAUAAUGUAAGGCUAUGACCAUUUGUAUACUUAAUUAUUGAAGUAGUGGUAAAAAUCUGUGUAUAAAAGACAGAGGGUAUUCUCUAAUAUUCACCAGUCUUCAAGAUUUCAUCCCAGGACAAGAAGCUCAGUUCAACAGAAAUACUACCAAAAUAAAAUGUCGUACCGUACAAUUGCUUCAACUGAUUCAGAGAAUGAACAUUUUAGCGAAUCAAUUGAUAUAAGACCGUCUUUUUCAAAAACAAAACCUGGAUCAAAACGUUCUGCAGAAAAAACAAGUGUUAAAAAACCUAUGAAAAAGAAGCAGAAUAAAAUGAAUGCAUCAUACAGAGAUAAUAUCAGCGAACGCUUGAGAUCAGAAGAUUUUGAUGUUGAAGUAUUUAAUUCGCUAACAUUCAGACAAGGAGAUGGCGUUGUGACAAUAAAGACGCCUUUUGAAGAAAAAGGAAAGGAUCUUUGGGUGCUAAGUCAUUAUAAGGUUACUAACAUCGAGAAUGUACCAGUAAAGGACAGAUGGAAGUUCAGUGAAGCUACUGUUAGAUUGUACACGACCGACGAAUCAAAAGAUCAAACACUUCAUACUGGUCUUAAUGAGACAAUGCAAAUUAUAUUUGAUAAAUUACUAACCGAUCCAAAGCGUCAAACUAUUAAAAGCAAGACGGUUGUUUGAUUAUUAUACGGAAAAAUGAGUUUCAUUUAAUAAAACAAAAUAUUAUUAUA